CAGAAAGCCAGACGCAGAGCUGAGAGUCGACGGUCGCUCUUCAUUCUUCUACGGUCGAAGUUAGAGAUUCUACCAAUUUGAUUAAACUCUUGCUUCCGGACCUCCGUUAGCUUGAGUUGGUUUUGCAGCUGAUUCGAAGUCGAAGUUGAUCGAGGAAGAGCAGAAAUGGCCGUGGUUGCUUCUGCUCCAGGGAAAGUUCUAAUGACCGGAGGUUACCUUGUUUUGGAGAGACCGAAUGCAGGGCUCGUCCUUAGUACUAAUGCUCGGUUUUAUGCAAUUGUAAAACCACUUUACGAGGAAAUCAAGCCUGACAGCUGGGCAUGGUCAUGGACAGAUGUUAAGUUGACAUCUCCUCAGCUCCUGAGAGAGAGCACCUACAAAUUGUCGUUGAAAAACCAAUCUCUUCAGAGUGUCUCUCCAAGUCAAUCAAGAAACCCUUUUGUUGAAAAAGCAGUGGAAUAUUGUGUAGCAGCUGCAUGUGCAAAAUUUGUCAACAAGGACAAUAAGGAUGCAUUACACAAACUGCUCGUGCAAGGUCUUGAUAUCACUAUUUUAGGUAGCAAUGAGUUCUACUCAUAUCGAAAUCAGAUUGAGGCUCGUGGACUUCCAUUAACAUCUGAAUCAUUGGCUUCCCUGCCUCCUUUUUCAUCAAUUACCUUCAAUGACGAGGAAUCAUAUGGGAAAGUUUGCAAGCCUGAAGUUGCAAAAACAGGAUUGGGCUCAUCUGCUGCAAUGACAGCUGCUGUAGUUGCUGCUUUACUUAACUACCUUGGGGUUGUACAUCUUUCCUUAUUGACAGAUGACCAAGAACAGAAAGGCACUGCGGAUCUUGAUUUGGUGCAUAUGAUAGCUCAAAGUGCCCAUUGCAUUGCACAAGGAAAAAUUGGCAGUGGCUUUGAUGUCAGUUCUGCAGUUUAUGGCAGUCAACGCUAUGUUCGGUUUUCACCAGAAGUGCUUUCUUCUGCUCAGGCUGCCAAGAAUGGAAUACCAAUACAAGAGGUCAUUAUCGACAUCUUAAAUCAGAAGUGGAACCAUGAGCAGACUAAGUUCUCUUUGCCUCCAUUAAUGACUCUUUUACUUGGAGAGCCAGGAGUGGGAGGGUCAUCCACACCUUCAAUGGUAGGUGCUGUCAGAAAAUGGCAAAAAUCCGAUCCUCAAAAGUCCCUGGACAUGUGGAGGAAGUUAUCAGAAGCAAACUCGGAACUUGAAACUCAACUCAAUAUGUUGAGUAAACUUGCAGCAGAAUACUGGGAUGCUUAUAAAUAUAUUAUAAGCAGUUGUUGCAAGUUGACCUCGGAGAAGUGGAUUCAUCAAGCCACUGAACCAAGCCAGCAAGCCAUCAUCAAAGCAUUAGUGGGAGCAAGAAAUGCUAUGCUUGGGAUCAGGCAUCAUAUGCGCCUGAUGGGUGAAGCUGCUGGUGUUCCGAUUGAGCCGGAUUCACAAACCAACCUUUUAGAUGCUACCAUGAAUAUGGAAGGAGUCCUGUUGGCUGGAGUUCCAGGCGCAGGUGGCUUUGAUGCUGUUUUUGCUGUUACCUUGGGAGAUUCAACCAGCAAUGUGAUAAAAUCAUGGAGUUCACUUGAUAUUUUGGGUCUUCUUGUUAGAGAAGAUCCUCACGGUAUUGCUUUGGAAAGUGGCGAUCCACGAACCAAUGCAAUUACAUCAGCUGUUUCAUCAGUUCGUAUUUAGGAAAGGGAAGUUUUCGAUCUUGUUUUAUUAGAUUGAAUAAUUUAUUGUCUCAAUUGAAAAUGUGAAUUUUCUUUGAAAAUUUAUUUCCAGCUUUUUAGAUUAUUAAUAAUGGCUUCACUCAUUAACCAAUUGGAUAUACCUUGUUGUAAUAUCAUUUAAUUACGUUAUGUAUAACUCUUUCUUGAUCAAUAAGAGAACUAGCAUUACUUUCUUCCCCCA